AUGGUGCGGGCAGCCGUCGUGAUAGUACUUUGCACGAUUAUUCAGACCGCCAUACUCAGGAAUAACGAUGACGACGGCUUCGUGCAAUGGUUGGAGGACAUGGAGGAAGCAUUCAAUGGAGCAGUUGGCCUCACUUUCGCAGCGCUGACUAUGCUCAGCAUCCUUAAUAUGCUUAUCAUGACCAGGACAACCAUUAUAUCAGAAAAGCUCGGUGAUAGAGCAAAAGGGGAACACGACGCAAAUAAAAAGUUCAUUGGGGUGAGACUAUUGCUCAUAUGCUCGGAGGUUGUCCCCAAGGCCAUCGACUUCUUUGAGAUUGGAACUCCCCAAUUCGAGCAAGUCAAGAAGCUGACUGCCCCCCUCAGCUUCUUGCAUGUGACCGCCGAGCAGGCCGAGAUUCUGAAGAAUACGAUAUUGAGCUUUGGCUGCUUGUUGGCGGCCAUCAUGAAUUUCAUUUUCUGGAGGAGCUUGAACAUCGAGCAAGCAGGUCUACUGGACUUCACCGACAUGAGCAGGACUUACCAGAACAGUAGUAAAGAAGGCAACGACCAUAACGGACCAUCAACGAGCAGCGUUGGCGACGAGACCCAGGCGUUCAUAUCGUAA